AUGGUGCCCCCGGUCACUAUCCGCAACGUCAGCAACAACCCGCUCACUCUGGUGCUGGUUGAGCAUUUCGACCCUGCGCCGGACGAGGGUUUUCAGAUGCAAAAUGUGACGACGUCCUUGGCAACCAUCACCAAUGGGCUGGGCUUGACGAACAACACCACCCGCAAAGCGGUGCCUCAGAUCCCCGCGGACGCGAAGCCUUUUGCGACGAGGGAGGUUUCGAUCCCGCUGCCGCCGUUCACGGUUGUGCCCACGGACAUCAAAGCCGUCAUCAACAAGCCCGACGAGCGUCUCCGAUUGACUUUCCAGACCGACCUGGGAGGGAAACAUCAGAUGUACUGCCCGGUGCCGACGGCUGAGACUGCGUCACUCGUCGCUCUGGCCCCAAACCCCAAGUUGCGCUUUACAGGUAUCUUCCUGCCCCAGACGUCUUUCGUGGCCCUGUUCAACACCUCCCACAUGGAAAGCUGGAUGAAAGACCUGCCAGACCAUACCCCGCUCGGUGUACUGUCGAUUCCAGGCACCCACAAUUCGCCUACGCAUUACCAAGCCGCGCCAUCGGUGCGGUGCCAGGCGGUGUCGCCAAAGGAGCAGCUCAAGAACGGGGUGCGCUUCUUCGACCUGCGCGUGCAGGUGCCCGAGCCCUACGACCCGAACUCUGACAAGCUGAUACUCGUGCAUUCCGUGUUCCCAAUCUCCCUGACAGGGAACAAGCACUUCCGGGACCUGUACAACACGAUCCUGGAAUUUCUGAAGGAGAACCCUAGCGAGACGCUGAUCGUGUCGCUCAAGCGGGAAGGCACGGGCAAGGGCACUGACGAACAGCUUUCGCGCAUCCUGAAGAACAACUACACAAAUCCGCGCGAGUGGUUCACGGAGCCGCGCGUGCCCACGCUGGGCGAGGUGCGCGGCCGCAUCGUUUUGGUGAGGCGGUUCGUGCUCGAGGAGCCGCUCCGGCACGAGUGGAACGGGAAGGGCUGGGGCAUCGACGGGCACGUGUGGGCGGACAACACGCCCAACAGUAUGUGUCCGUCGGGCGACAUUUGCGUGCAGGAUUUCUACCAGGUCAUGGAGAAACCGUCGAUCGAGCAGAAGAUCACGUACGCGUGCGCCCACCUCGAGCGCAGCGGGUGCUGUCUCUUCAAUGCCAACGACGUCGGCGCUGCUGCGGCCAGCGACACGGGCAAAAAAUACCCACUGUACAUCAACUUCCUCAGCGCCAGCAACUUCUGGAACGUCAACUGCUGGCCCGAGAAGAUCGCCGCCGAGGUCAACCCGGCGGUCGUCGCCCACUUGUGUCAAAGACACAUGAUGGCCGACAAUGGCAACCGUGUCAAGGACGGCGACUGGAGCACGGGGAUUGUGGUGACGGAUUGGGUCGGCUUGGGGAGUGACUGGGAUAUUGUUCGUGCCAUUGUGGGCAUGAAUGCAAAGUUGCUUAGGUAG